AUGAAAUGCAAAAUAUUUACUUCAAAACCGUUUGUCACUCCGCCUAUUCAUCUUCCAUUUGAUCGAGUCAGACACUCGAAAGUUUUUGAAGUCGUGGGUAUCGAUUUAUGUGGUCCUCUAUUUCUAAAGAACAAAACCAAGGUAUGGAUUGUCAUUUUCACCUGCGCUGUGUAUCGCGGCCGUACACUUGGAAUUGUGACUAAUUUGUCAGCAGAAGGUUUCAUCUAUGCCCUCAGGAGAUUCAUAGUGAGAAGGGGAAGAACUUCAACAAUCUACAGCGACAACGGAAUUAACUUCAGAGGUACCAACAACCUUUUGAAAUCUUUAAAUUGGAGUCAAGUAGAAAAUUCUGAAGACCUAGCUCCCAUUAAAUGGAAGUUCAUUCCUCCAACAGCUGCGUGGUGGGAUGGAUGGUGGGAACGGCUCAUUCGCAGUGUAAAAAAUCUUCUUCUAAGAACACUUGGUAGAUCAUCACUCAAUUUUGAAGACCUUUCAACGAUAUUAUGUGAAGUUGAAGCUGUAAUGAAUAAUCGACUUCUUACACAUAUUUCAGAAGAAUCUGAUAAAUUUGUUCCUUUGACUCCAUCAUCUUUUAUUCAAGACAUCCAAGAAAUUGGGAUACCUGAUCUAGAGAAAAUUAAUUUCCAGAAACUUCGUAAAAGAUACCGGAAAUGCCAAAAUAUAAAAGGUCAACUGAGAAAUAGAUUUCGAAAAGAAUAUUUGGCAAAUCUCGUUCAAAAAUCAAGAGAAAAGACUCAAGUGAUCCAGACGGGUGAUGUAGUAGUAAUUGAACUAGACAACCGAAAGAGACUUAACUGGCCAAUAGGCAAAGUCACAAAAUUGUUUCCAAGUAGAGAUGGUUGUACACGUGUGGCAGAGGUAAAACCCUCUUCAGGAACUUUUGUACGACCGAUUCGUAAACUUUGCCAUUUGGAGAUAUCUAAGAACGAUGACCCAGUAAUCCAGCUGAUGAACUGA